GGUUGGUUGAUGAGUUGGGUCCGCUUUGAUUUUUGGAGUGGACAGGUCGGUUUACAUUCGCUUCUUUCUUCCGUCUAUUCCUCUUUCGUUCUAUAAAGACGUAGAUUCGCGUACCAACUCUCUAAUUUUCCCGUUCGUUUGAAAUCCCUGUUCUGGUUACCAAUGGCUUCGUAUCACUCCCAAGCAGCUUUCUUGUGUUUAUUCUUGUUGGUUUCAUUUAAUAUUGUCUCGUCUGCAUCGAAAGAUGGUUUGCUUAGAGUUGGACUAAAGAAGAUUAAGUUAGACCCAGAGAACCGGCUAGCUGCCCGCCUUGAAUCCAAGGAUGCAGAGAUUUUGAAAGCUGCUUAUAGGAAGUAUAACCCCAAUGGUAAUCUUGGUGAAUCUUCUGAUACUGAUAUUGUUGCGUUAAAGAACUACCUGGAUGCUCAGUACUAUGGUGAGAUUGCCAUUGGUACACCCCCACAAAAGUUCACUGUGAUUUUUGACACGGGCAGCUCCAAUCUGUGGGUGCCUUCCGCGAAGUGCUUGUUUUCUGUGGCUUGUCAUUUCCAUGCCAGAUACAAGUCAAGCCGCUCAAGUACAUACAAGGAAAAUGGGACAUCUGCUUCAAUUCGAUAUGGCACUGGAGCAGUCUCUGGUUUCUUUAGUUAUGACAAUGUCAAAGUUGGAGACCUAGUAGUAAAGAAUCAGUUGUUCAUUGAAGCAACCAGAGAACCUAGUCUUACGUUUCUGGUGGCUAAGUUUGAUGGCUUGUUGGGACUUGGUUUUCAAGAGAUCGCAGUUGGUAAUGCUGUCCCAGUAUGGUAUAACAUGGUUGAACAAGGUCUUGUUAAGGAACCAGUCUUUUCCUUUUGGCUCAAUCGCAACACUGAGGAGGAGGAAGGAGGCGAAAUUGUGUUUGGUGGGGUUGACCCAAAGCAUUAUAAGGGCAAGCAUAUUUAUGUUCCUGUCACACAGAAAGGUUAUUGGCAGUUUGACAUGGGCGAUGUUCUCAUAGAUGGUGAACCAACUGGAUAUUGUGAAGGUGGUUGCUCAGCAAUAGCAGAUUCUGGAACUUCACUUUUGGCUGGUCCAACUACUAUUAUAACCAUGAUCAAUCAUGCCAUUGGGGCUAAAGGAGUCAUGAGCCAGGAAUGCAAGGCUGUUGUUCAACAAUAUGGGCAAACUAUUAUGGAUUUGCUUUUAUCUGAGGCAGAUCCGAAGAAGAUCUGUUCUCAAAUUAAGUUGUGUACUUUUGAUGGAACUCGAGGAGUUAGUAUGGGAAUCGAGAGUGUCGUAGAUGUGAAUGCUGGUAAAUCAUCUGAUGGUCUAAGGGAUGCUAUGUGCUCUGUAUGUGAGAUGACAGUUGUCUGGAUGCAAAAUCAACUUCGUCAGAAUCAAACAAAAGAACGCAUAAUAAACUACAUCAACGAGCUAUGUGAUCGUAUGCCUAGUCCAAUGGGACAAUCAGCAGUCGACUGUGGAAACCUUUCUUCCAUGCCUGGUGUUUCCUUCACCAUUGGUGGCAAAGUUUUUGACCUUGCCCCAGAAGAGUAUAUACUCAAGGUGGGUGAGGGUGCUGCAGCUCAGUGCAUCAGUGGAUUUACAGCAUUUGAUGUUCCUCCUCCUCGCGGACCCCUCUGGAUCUUGGGAGAUGUCUUCAUGGGCCGCUACCAUACAGUUUUUGAUUCUGGCAAGCUGAGAGUGGGAUUUGCGGAGGCUGCAUAAAGAAGACCUUCCUUUGGUGGCUUUGUUCGGUUGCCUUCGAUGUUUAUACACAUGAGCCAUCUUUUGUUUCAAUCGAACCUUUAACUUUAGUUUAUGUUCAUGGAUUUAUGGAAGUGUUAAAUGCGGUUAGAGCUUCCCUGCAAAAGGGAAAAACCCAAGAUUGUAAAUGCUUGCUACUGUUUCAUCUUUUAUAGACACAGCUUGUAUAGUUGCUUUUUUAGUAUCUCUGCUGAUUUAAAUAUAUACA